AUGGUAUGUCCGGAACAUCAAGUGUUUGACGGCCGACAGUCAUGUAUAGACACAUUCCGGUGCCCUCUAUAUGAUGGCGACUUCACAAACCCUAAUAACCGACACCAAUACUACCAGUGUCUCAAUAGUAAGCCUUAUCUGAAGACCUGUCUGUCCGGGUGUCCCGAGCACCACCCUGGCAAGUUUAAGCACCCGUCCAGUCAGAAUCUAUAUUAUGAGUGCUGGGAGGGCAUUGCCAUAACCAAGUCGUGCGGUGAUGGUCGGCACGAGUACUACGAGUGUCGUAACGAUGUGCCGUUGAUAGAAGUAUUUGACGAGACGGUGGGACAAUGUGUGGAGACUAACAGACGUGCGCUCAAGAAAAUGGUGAUAAUAUCGGGACGGAUAGAGUUUGAUGACAAUGGGGUCAAAGUUGUGGACGUAUGGGAUAAUGUGGACCAGUGGUGGAAACGCACAUAUGAUGGCGGUCCCCUAAUAAUACUGGUCUCAUGUGAGACAUGGGUAAUCAGAGGGACAACAAUAAGACCCGCAAAUGAGUACCCAUUUGUAUGCCCACAACCGGACGGCUAUUCGCCGCACCCGUACAACAGCUCUCAGUACUACUUGUGUCGCAACGGUAACUCAUAUUUGAUGACAUGUCCGGCCGAUACAGUAUUUGACGGCAGACAGACAUGUAUUGAUGCCUUCCGGUGCCCACAAUAUGACGGCAACUUCACGAUUGCCAAUAACCGACGGCAAUACUACCAGUGCACAAAUGGCAGACAUGUACUGAUGACCUGCUCAUACGGUACGUACUUUGAUGAGCUCACCCGGCGUUGUAUUACAGGAGGCAGGGAUGACAGGGAUCGGGAGCCGGACUAUGUCUCGUGUCCUAAAGAGGAGGACAGGUUCGCCCACCCGUCCAAUCAGAGCCAAUACUACGAGUGCCAUUCAGGCCGGUAUGUACUGCGCUCGUGUCCCUACGGCCUAUAUUACGAUGAGCAAGCACAGUAUUGCAUACGCUUUGGCAAUCAGUUUUAUUGCCCACAACCUAACGGU